ACGUAUGUCGUACACGCACACAGAAACCAGCUAAUUUUAAUCCAACCUAGUCAUCAAUGUUUUCUCCUGUUACGUCAAACCGUUACCGUGUUGCCCGCUUCGUUGAUAAAUCAACAACGACGGAAUAUCAUCGAACAAUAGAAUUACUCAAUUACUUCUUACGUCUUACGCCAUUGAGAAUCGAAUUUUUUUUACAAGUACGAACAUCGACAGUACCACUGAUCCCACUGAUCUGACGAUACCGAGCUGAGUUGUAAAAAAAAAAAACAAAACGAAUCGCGACGAGUGGCCACGCUGAUACAUACUCGGUUCAUGCUUGCCUGCUGCAUCGUUCUGGCAAAGAUUUUACCCACGGUUUUGCCUCGUUGGUAAUAAACGGAAACGUCAAAAUGUCAUAACACGUCUUUCUCCUGAACUUCCUCAUUACAAAGCAUGCACUCGUCUCCAGUAUUGUAAAUAAAAAUUAUUAAAUGUUGAACAUAAUUAUGUUUCGAUCGUGAAUCGAGUCGUCCACUGGUCGUUGCUUUUGUUGUUAACCUCAAACGAAACUCGUCACUUUCAUUGCAAGAGAUAAAGUCAUGGUGGACCCAAGUACAUCUGACAACUUUACUUUCCCAUCAACUUUGUUGAAUAACUUAUCAAGUUUAUCUUGGGAAUCUACGUCUGCUUUCUACGAUGUUACAAAUGAAAGUACAACAACAGAGUUUCCAGAACAAAUUCAAACUGAAAUGUCAACAAGUGUGGUAAAUACCAGCAGAAUUACUGACAUCAUCGAAAACCUGACCAAAGCUAUUGAUGGUGCAACAAACUCUACCCAAUCUUCCCCCAUUGAUUCUACCACCAAAGGUACUAUCUGCUCUACGACGGAAGAACCAUUCGAUGAAUUUGGACCCCCUGAAGGAGUCCAGUAUAUUUUUGUUCCUUUAGGAGUUAUGAUCUUCGUUGUAAUAUUAUCUGCUGUGGUAUUGAUUAUAUCACGAAAGCGUAAAUUGGAACGAUUGAGGCACAGAUUAAUGCCAUUAUACAAUUUUGAUCCUGGCGAAGAGGGAGAAGAUGAUUGGGAAACUGAGCUGCUAGAUGAGAAUUUCGAUACUCGUCAAAAAAGACAAGGCUAUCAAUCAAUGGACACGGAGGAAAAUGCAGAACUGUUCAGCAGCCACUGAAGGAGUCGUAUUAUUUUGAACCAAAGUUAUAAUCCUUUAAAAUAGUUAUGAUCGUUAUUACUACGUAAUAGUAUUCACUUGAUAUUAAUUAUAUACAUGUGUGUACGUAGAUAUACGUACAUGUAACGAAAGAAUCCAAUCUAGUAAAGAAUCUUAUUCGUAUUAAUAGGUAGAGACGUUUAUUUGUAAGGCUGGAGCUGAAGUAAGUUUUUUAUUUGAAUAUGAGCUCUGUAAUUUAUAGACAUUUAGAAAUCUCUAAGCAAAUCACUUGCGCGUAGCCAGCACCAUUCUGUUCAUCUUAAAUUGCAACACGUGAUAUAGAUCGUAAAGUAUUUUAGCACAUAUUCAUCACACUUGACGUUGACACGUUUUUACUCAAAGCGAUUAUUAAAUAUAAUUAGUAUUAUUUCAGUUGCUUAAAGUAACGAAAAGUUUUACUUAGUAGGUACAGCAUUAACAUGUAAAUGUAUAGUAGCAUUAAUCACUGCUACGUACAAUCAGCCAAAGAUAAUCUAACUUUUAUAUUGUUCGUACAUAUAUUGCAAUAUUAUGAAUAUCGAAGAAUACAGCGUUGGCACUGUAUGAAUAAAAACUAUCUAGUCCAUAGCAUGUAAUAUAGUGAAAUCAAAUGUAAACGAUAUCUGAUUGCCUAUUUCAAGUAAAUCAAUUUCAGUAUUAUCUAUUAAUAGUUUAUAGCCCACAUUAAUUAUGUAACUUACGUAUCCUAUUAUGCCUACUUAUUUUUGCAUAAUAAAAUGCACAAAUGAUUUCCCCUAGUUAUUCUCUGUAGUUAAUUCCUGCAUGCAAAUCCUUAUGCAAUUCAUUAAUUAGGUACACAGGUCGAAUAUAAACUCCUUAACACAAAGAACGGUGAGGACUCCUAAAAAGAAAUAAAUUAUUACAAAUUAUUUUGUUUAUAGUUUAUUUAAUACAAAUUUGACAUUCACACAAUGUAUGUUUAAUCAGAAAUAAGAUUUCGUUUGACAUUGUAGCAAUACUUUCUACAUCUUUUCACAUGGAAAGUACUCCACCAGGUUUACGGAUAUUUAGUGAUUACGAAGUUAGUUGCUUCUUAUAUUUCGGAGCAGAGCCAUUUUUACUUAUAAUAUCAAUAUAUAGAAGUGCCAUAAGGUAAUAUAAUCGUAUUUGAAGAUACUAAAAACCAUUGUUUAAAAAUGAAAUUGGGUCGUACAGUACAGAUGAACCCGGGCUUGGAUGCCUAAAGUCUUAAAUGUUUGUUCACAUUUUCAAUAUUUAGUAAUAAAUCAAAACGUGU